UCAAGAACUGAAAGACUCCUGAAGUGUUACAAGUGGCUAACAUGUGAAUUGUCUUCAUAGAAGGGCUAUACAGGAACUAUUCAUCACUUAUCCUUCAACAUCACUGACUUUGUGGCGGCUGAAAAGCUGCUGUUGGGGGGGGGAUAAGCCAUGCUUGGAGAUAUCCAUGCAAAUGUGAUCACUGUGGCACUGGUCUUUUUGGUUCACUUGGGCACUAUAUGCAGCGCUGAAAAUGACUUGUCAUUGGUAAAGUUACCAGCGGGGGAGCAAACCUCAGAUUAUGUUUCCUGGUGUUUCUUCAGCCAGCAUGGGAAUCUGACUUGUAACUGGACAAGCAGCCAUAGAUCAGCUCCCAGAAGUAGAAAACAGGAAAUAUUAACAAGCCAUCCAUUAGCAGUCGUGGGAAAGGUUUGCUUGGAGUUCUGGCAUCUGGUCUCAGAUGCAUCCAGGAAUGCUUCAGUUCGUGCUCUACUGAACAGCAGCUUGGGUCAGCUUGAGAUCUGGACACCUCUUCCCCUCUCCAGAGAUGGAUGGCGACAUGUGUCUGUGCCCCUUAACAUCACUGAACAAGGCACUCAGGUCAUAUUUGAAGCUUUCCGUCCACUGACUGUAGACCAAAAAACCUUAAGACAAAUUGGAGUAAGAAAAGGCUCAUGCAGACACCAGUGUGAAUCAAACGCAGAGCUGUGGACUGAUGACACAACACGUUGCCUCUGCUCAGGUUACCAAUUCUUCUGUUUGCCUUCUCAGUGCCCUAAGGAUCAAACCUGUGAUCCUCUAGAUGGACCCAGAAAAAUUUCUCCUUCAGGUGUGUGCACCAUCCACAGAAACACAGACUGCCACACCUUUGAUGGUGUAGCCUUCAGAUUGAUGUCCCCCUGCACUUAUGUGCUGGCCAAGACUUGCACAGAAUCUAAAGGUCUGCUGGAGUUCUAUGUGGAAGUGGUCAAUGUGCAAACUGACAAUGAGUCACUGCCAACUAUCCAACAAAUCAAUGUGGGCCUGGGAAAUGUGAAGGCAUCAUUACUUAAAGGUCAGAUGCAUCGAGCUGUG